UUUUCCCUCCCUGCCCGCUGUACGUACAACACUCGUUGCAAGUUCAUACAUACACCUGCAAAACUCGCCUUUGACGUACUGAGAUCACCUGCUUGCUUUUUUGUCGCCAGGAAUUGCAUCAAGACCGUUCUGAAGAACGCCUGGACAGCAGUUUUCCGUUCUCGCCCAGGAGCCUACUUAGUGGCAACUGCAAUUAUGUCAAAGGAGGCCGACGACAUAAUCAGCGGGUCAGAAGGCUCCGAGGGCUGGGAUGAUGUCGACGAGGGCGGCGACGAGGAGAGCCUGGAAAUCGUUUCCCUCCUGGACGACAAGGUCUUCCCCGAUGCGAAGUCUAUGCUGGAGCACUGCAAGAGCAACUUCAACUUCGACUUCGUGGCGGUGCGCGACGGCCUAGGCCUCGACUUUUACGGCAGCAUCAAGCUUGUCAACUUCAUUCGAAGCACCGCGAAAGAAGGCAAAUCUCUGCCAGGCCAGAUCACCGAGGCAGACAUCCAGGAUGACAAGUUCCUGAUGCCCGUAUUGCCUGACGAUGCGCUCAUCAUGUGCCUGGAUGACCUACCGCCUUCCUCCAGUGCUGCAGAUGGCAAGGGCAAGGCCGUCGAGGACGCGUCAACGACGGAGCCAGCCGGUGAUGCUGCCAGCAAGAACGCCGCCCUGCAGGCCCAGCUGGACGAGCUCAACAAGCAGUUUGCCAACUACCGACUUGCAGUGGAACAAACCCUUGAUAAGCGAUGGCAUGCUGACGACUCCUCCUCCUCGUCUCGGUCGUCGGCCAGCUCCAAGAAGGAAAAGAAGGACGAGUCUGCAUACUACUGGGAGUCAUAUGCGCACAACGAUAUCCACGAGACCAUGCUGAAGGACACUGUCCGCACAGAGGGGUACCGCGACUUUAUCUACAACAACAAGCACCUGUUCAAGGGCAAGACCGUUCUGGACAUCGGGUGCGGGACGGGCAUCCUGUCCAUGUUCAGCGCCAAGGCGGGCGCCGCACACGUCUACGCCAUCGACAAGUCGGCCAUCCUCGACAAGGCUCGGGAGAACAUCUUCAACAACGGCCUGUCAGACACCAUCACGUGCCUGCGCGGGCGGGUCGAGGACAUCGUGCUCCCCGUCGACAAGGUCGACAUCAUUGUCUCGGAGUGGAUGGGCUACGCGCUCCUCUACGAGGCGAUGCUGCCCUCCGUGCUCUUCGCCCGCGACAGGUACCUCAAACCGGACGGGCUGUUGAUCCCCUCACACACGACCAUCUUCCACGCGCCCGUGUCGGACCCGGACUACGUCACCGAAAACGUCGCUUUCUGGCGCGAUGUCUACGGCUUCGACAUGAAGGCCAUGCAGGAGGGCAUGCUCAAGGAGGUCAGGGUGCAGACCAUGCCGGCCGAGGCCCUCUGCGGCACCGCGAGCACCUACGCCCUUGACCUUUACCAUGUCAAGGUGGAGGACCUAACCUUCAAGGCCGGCUGGCGCAGCAAGCUCACCAGGGACGUGGACAGCGUGGAUGGCUUCCUCAUCUGGUUCGACAACUACUUCGCCACCACGCGGAAGGGGGAGCCCGAGCUCAUCGAGACCCCGGCCGACGACUGGGAGGCGGCCAGAAAGGACGGCAGCAACGCCUUCACCACCGGCCCGCACCGCAAGGAGACCCACUGGAAGCAGGUCCUGAUGCUGGUCGAGGACAGGGACGGGCACGAGCGGAAGCCCUUCAAGGAGGGAGAGCAGAUCGAGGGAACGUUGUCUUACUCGGCGCCCGAGGACCAUGCGCGCGGGCUGUUGAUCAAGGUAGAGUGGGACGGGCUACCAAACGCUGAGAAAUCUCAGGCUUGGACCCUUACUUAGUGGAUGAGUAACCUGGCCAUGAGGGGAACAUGGAGAACAUAGACUUUGACUUCAAAUUCUGAAUGGGUAGAAAUUAUGUGUCCCGAACGUUAGCACGAAAUUAAAUUCAACAAAAUGCAAGG